AGAAGCACUAACAGAAACAAAUAAUGGCUGUUAAGAGUCACAUAUGUCUGCUGGGACUCAUCAUUCUCUGCUCACGUCUCACAGGUGUUACUGGAGAGACUCAUGUGUUCAGUAGUUCAGGUGAAAAUGUCACUCUGCCCUGUAUUAAUGCUCUUUCUGGGUGCACCUCAACUACAUGGAUGUACUUCAAACAUAGAUCAUCAGGUGGAGUAGAACUGAUUAUGUUAGGAAUAAAGAAGAAAAACAUAGAGAGAGCUGAGAGACUGAGUCUGGGGUCUGACUGCUCUCUGAACAUCUAUAAAACAACAGAAGAAGAUCAUGGACUAUACACCUGCCAAAAAUAUGUGAAUGGACAAAAACAUGGAACUGAUGCACAGGUUUUACUACAUGUUCUUCAUGUUUCUCCAUCAUCCACACAGACUGAGAUGAGAUCAGGCAGCUCUGUGACUCUCACCUGUCAGUUUUUUUCAUAUGAUAACUCUUGUGAUGAUUUCUUCCGUAUUGAGGAUCUUCAGCUGUUCUGGGUGAAUCAGGCUGGUGUUAAUCUACAGACAGACUCCAGAUAUCAGAUAUUAUCAUCAGGACAAUGUAUCAAGACUCUGACUACAACACUCCUGAAUGAAGACAACAACACAGAGUUGAGGUGUUUGGUUAAAAUGAAGAAUAAGAUGAAGACCUCAGUCAGCUAUACUGUCAAGUUUAAGGCAUCAACUACACCAACAAUCAAACCAACCUCUAAAAUAACUUCAAGUCCUACUGCAUCAUUACUUUCUGGUAUGUAAAGUAUUUAUCUGUCCCACUUUUGUUUGCAGUGUCAGUUUAUUCUUUUCUGUUGUUGUUCAGGGAUAGAGUUGAUUACAAACUCUGACACAUUUCAUUUAUUUUAAACAGACUUUCCUAUUCAUGUCACUUUCUUAAAGCUCCACUGUAAGAUCUACUCCCAUCUAGCGGUGAAAUUCUAUAUGACAACCAACUGAAUAUAACUUUCUAGCCCCCCCCCAUUCGUAGCGCGUUUUAACUCGUACGGUGGCCGUGUCAUGCCAAGGUUAACAUGGCUUCCAGUAGCUACAAAGCAAAAGCAAUAAAAAUAUAAACAAUUUGCAAUGUCCUUUGCCUGUGAUCCCUCAAAGCACACAGAUUUAUGUUUAACAUGGAAAAAGUCUGAUUUUCAUGAUAGGUUGCUUAAAAUCACAUACAAACAGCAACCAUAAACGUAGCUUAGACACUCCUUUUUCGUUGACGUGAGGAAAAAUAUCCCAGGGGCUGUUACACUUGGUAUUAAGAUGUGUUUUCGUCGAUCGGAUCACAAGUGGACGAGAGAGACACAUCACGUUUACACUUGGUGUAUAAAUCCGUCUCUUUUUGUCCAUUUUCGACCGCUUCUCUCCAGAUUACUGAGGGGAUGGUCUGUGGACGAGUCCCUCUCCUGUCAUUUAAUCAUGAGCGGGAGUAAUGACGGUUUAAAUGGACGCGAAUAAAUAUUGUGUCAGAGUCCAAUGCUUAUGUUUUAAGUAAACAUGUUACAUGUCCGUGUAUAUGUAAGAGCUUUCUCUGAUAUUGGUGAAGAUCGCUCAACUUUCACACACUUGUAAAAUGAAACGAAAGACAGAUCAGCGGCGUUAGUUUUAUCAAUGAAAGGCUAAAAAUAGGGCUGUCACCAGUGGUGUAGUCUACGUGAUACGCAGGUAUACGCCGUAUACCCACUAGAAAUGGUCAAGGAUUUCCGUAUACCCACUAAAAAUAGCGCGAGGAUGCGUAACAGCAUGGUUUUGUGACAUAUUUUUAAACUUUUAGUCAUAAUAUAGAUGUGAAGCACUGAUCAUUAGCAUGCUACACUUGCCACUUUAGCGGGUUGAAAUACAUAUUAGGCUAUAUACUUCCUGCCGAACUGCGCGAUCCGAUCGGCGUAUUAAUUUCUAUGAAAUCAAAUUACUAUAGUGACGCGAAAGUGACUGGGGAGCAGACUGGUGUGACGCCACAGGGAAGUGACAGCAAAGUACCGCGAGAGCGACUCCAGUUAUCACAUGGAAAAAUCUGCUUUGAAUCGCUCUCGCGGUACUUUGACAUCACCAAGAGGUCUGCUUAGCGCCAAAUGAAGUCGAACCUGCAGUGUAGCUGCUCACGCGACACUGAGAAGUGAACGAGUGAAGCAGUGCUGCAACAUAAAAUCCAUAGAGUUUACAACGCACAUGUGAGUACAACAUUUAAAUCAUCAGUCCAGUUUAUUACUUUAUCUGGAGGUAAGGCUCUAAAUGCAAUAAAAUAAGCCCGUGAUAAUAUCCUGAUGGUUUUUAGCUGCCUUCAGUUCCUCUGCAUGUUUGCUUGUGCUUCACAGUGUUAAACUUUCCUUCUCUGUGUUCAUUUAUAUAUCUACGUUCAAGAUCAUCUUGACAAGAUGUAUAUGAUCUUAAACUUCUAUGAGGAAAUUCAUGUCUGCCUUGAUGUUCAGUUUAGACUUGCAAAUUUUAGGCUACAGGAUGGUCUUGUAAUAAUAAUUAAGUAUAAGCCUAUUUUCAUUUUUAGACAAUGCUUAUAUUAUAUGCAAAAAAAUAAGCUUUAAUAUCAAUGACUAUGCAAAUUAUAGUUAAUUCAUGGUCAUCUUAAAUGUGUAUUAAUUAAAAACAUAUAGUUGUCAGAUAAUAGCUAUUGAAGGAGUGGAUAUUUUUUUCUCCUUCAAUGCAUGUGUUAGCCACGGAUUGAAGAUUGUAAACAGUUUAUUUAAUUUUAAUUAACAGUUAAGUAACUUUUGUUCCUGAGUUAGAUGUUGAUUAACACUAAACCAGUCUAAAAAUCAGUCCAGUUUCCCCAGCUGUAAACCCAUUGGCUCUAAAGUCUUUUUUUUCUUAUAAUAAACUGACAUGUUGAUAACACAUUCAGUUUAUGUGUUUAUGAGUACACUUUCAGAAUGCUCUAAGUUACAUGAAGAUCCAUACUGUAUGCAUCUGUGAGUGUGGUGGUGCUUAUGAGGUGUCGCGCUAGGACGAGUGAGCAUAAGGGUGAGAGGGAAAAAUCACAGUAUACUCACUACAAAAAUCUAGACUACACCACUGGCUGUCACCGUGUGUUUGUGCUAGAGGUCAGUUUCAAAUCUGCCUCAAAUCAAAGCAUUAGAUCGCGGGAUAAUCACAGUGUGCAGCUGUUGUUGAAUCCGAAGGAUUCAGUCUACACAGGUCGCAUAUGCGGGCUGCAUACGUCAUCAAGCCUGUUUUUUUUUUAUUAACUGAGCAUUACAUUCGCAAGUCAUAAGCAUAUUACAUCAAUUUACAAUUAACUAAGAAUAAUUGUCAGCUUUAUAAUUGUUAAUAUUCUGAAAUAAGUAAUGUAAUAAAAUAAAAUAAUACGAGAAUAAAAGUAAUGUAAUGUGAUGUUUAGGUAUUAUGUGAUGUUGGUUAUAUGAGGUUUGUUUUUUAAAGGCAACAUUAUGUUUAAAAUAAUUAUGUUAACAAACCCUGAGAUAGCAGAAACUGAAGACAGUACGCCUUGUGUGUCAUUAUACAGAGGUAUGAAUUGUUAUUAAUGCACCACACUACAGUAUAUUUAUUCUUAUACAAGUUAACAUCACUGAAGUUAUCAGUGAACUUCAACACAGUUUGUCAUUAUAUUGUUUCAUUGUUAUACCCUUGAUCUGUAGUCAAUGGCAGUUUUGAUAUUCUUUGUCCACACAUCUGUCUUAUAGUGUUUAUAGUGAUUCCAGUGGUUUUAUGGAUUAUUAAGAUCAUAGCAUUCGCUGCUCCUACUGUGAUUCUUCUUCAGAUCAUCUGUACAGGAAGAGCUGAAAACAGAAGAAGGACCCAGACCACCUAGAAUACACACUAGCCUCAGUUGCACUAUCGGGCCUGUGCGAGCCAGGGCUUCAAACGGGCCUCGUGGAGCCAAUAGCCUCAGACCUCCAGCUGUGUAGCCAAAAUCACGACGCGUUUGCAUUGUCAAGCCAAUAGCGCCGCAGCGCUUCAGAAAACCCCGCCCUUAAUACACCUACCUGGAUGUAACGUCACACAACCCCGCCUGUUUUACCGUGAGGAAGUCACUUCAAUCUGACAGGAGACGGGAGUGAGAUCGCAUCAUCAUACAACAAACAUAAUGAAAAUAACUGAGGCGGCUGUUUGCACGGUGAAAGCCCAGAUGAGAAGAUAAAGAUGUUUGCUCCAUCCGCGGUGUUACUCUUGAAGUUUAUGUUGGCUGCACAUGAGCAAUCUCACGACGAGACAAUAUCAGAUCAAUAAGCAAUAGUAAACUUUAUGAAGUAGGAUAAUUACAAAUAAAGCGUUCAUCUACCUAAUGUGCCAUUAUACUAUAUACACAAUAUUUUAAAGAAUAUCACGAGUCAUAGUUUUACAUUUAUAUAAAAUAAUCGUAUUUUAAAAUAUUCACGUGUGUCUAAAUAUGUAACGUUAAGUUUGUAAUUAUAGUUCUAUGGCGAUGUAAACAUACACAUUAUAAGAGGUGUGAUAUCUUUAAUCAUGAAAACGUUAAUAGUUGAGCAUCACAUGAAACACAAGG